AUGAGCAUUACCGGCAAGUGGACGAAGCUGGCCAUUCCGGCGCUGCAGCGCUCCUCGCAUUCGCUCUCGGUCAUCGGCCCCAAGGCGUACAUUUGGGGCGGAGAGCUCGAGCCCCGCCGUCCCGUCGACACUGACGUUCACGUCGUCGACCUCGAGAGCGGCAAGUACGAGCGCGUCGAGGCGCCUGGUGCGCCGAGUCCCCGUGUUGCUCAUGCUGCUGCCGCCGUCGACGGCAAGAUCUACGCGUUCGGUGGGCGCGGCGGACCUGAGAUGUCGCCCAUCGAUGAGUCUGGCCUCGUGUACGUGUACGAUCCGUCUGCGCGUUCUUGGACCUCUCUCAAGCCCUCGUCGUCCGAGUACCCCGAGCCGCGCUCUUACCACUCCGCAGCCGGCGCUCCGGGCACAUUCGUGAUCCACGGCGGAUGUGCAGCCUCGGGUCGUCUCCGCGAUACGUGGGCGUUCGAUGUUUCCUCCAAGUCCUGGCGCCGACUCGCCGACGCCCCCGGCCUCGGACGCGGCGGUACUGCCCUCGCGAUCCUGGGCGACAAGAUCUGGCGUUUCGGUGGAUUCGACGGAAAGACCGAGGCGGGCGGGGCUAUCGACUCUGUCCCUCUCAAUGGUGCUUCAGAGUGGAGCACGACUGUAUUCGGCGAGCAGACUGGACUGGGCCGCGACGCCGCCCCCGGCGGUAAGCUCGAGGGACAGGAGGAUGCUCCUGGCCCGCGCUCGGUCAGUGGCCUGCACAAGGUAGGCGACAAGCUCGUCCUGCUGUAUGGUGAGGGACGGCCGUCCCACACUGGCGGUCACGAUGCGGCCGGAUCGUUCUGGGACGAUGUCUGGGCCUACGACCCGAAGGGCGAGAAGUGGACCAAGGUCAGCAUUGGAAGUGAGAAGCCCGACGCGCGUGGAUGGUUUGCUAGCGACGCGGAAGCGGCCGGUCUCGCGCUCUCCGGAGGUCUGGACGACAGUAACGUUCGUCAGAGCGACACCUGGGUCCUCCGCUUGACUAGGCGUGUCUUCUGA